AUGGAAAACGGCACCAAGAUGAGCUCCUCUCCGGGCUGCAAUCCCUCGCAAGGAACCAAGACCAGCCUCACUCUGACUGAUCUUCCGAUCGAGAUUUUGUCACAUUCUCUGUCGUUUCUUCCGAACAGACGCCCAGUCCGAAACGCAAUCACUUCUUGUUCAGCCCUUCAUGAUGCCUUCAAGAACAAACCAUCCUACAUCGCCUCGUGCGUAUUGUUCAACAGCAUGUCAGAUGGCGUAUUCGAAGAAGCCUGCGUUGUGAACAACCUCAAAAACGAAUCCUGGAAAGGUGCAAAGGCCGGCAUCAAGGCUAUCCAUCGAGCCUACAAUAGUCGAAUGAUCCCAGGACGCGAUCUCACCUUCGAAAACGUCAAAGAAAUGUGGAAACUUCACAAGGCUGUUGUAUACUUUGGUCGCCAGAUACCCCGUACCCUCAUCAACGAGAACCCCGUCACCAGUCAGAAAGACUACUUCUAUGUCACCCGUCUUGUUCGAUCUCGUUUCCAGCGAGCCUUAUACCGCUUCAGUGCUUACCUCGACAUCAUGGAAAAGUUGCGAGCGUCACCACUCCACGACCAUGGUGGAAAAAGCAGACCCCUCACAGAGGCUGAAAAGGUAGAAGCCCCUGCCGUCACCAGUUUGAGUGGUUUAGAUGAUCAUCGUGUCCUCCUUGCGUGGCAUAGCCACUACUGCACUGUCGAGAUAGAGCAGGUGUCCGGAAUCUGCGGCCUUCUAAUCAAUCAGAUUGCACCGACUUUCAACGAUUUCCUAGAACACGAUGUCGAACUAGGCUCGAGACUGCACAAAUAUAUCGUCCACCCCCAGCAGCCCCGCUCCAUGAGCCCCAUUGCUCUAGGACUCCCUUUCUUGCACAAGUUCAUGACGGCCCCUGCACGAACACUUCAGCAAGAUGUCAUAUACCCGGUGCUAGAGCAUGUCGAAUGGAACCCUCGUGACAUCUCGCGUAUCCCCUUUCCUAGUACCGACGAAGCACUUAACGCUAAGGUUUUCGAGACCGACGCCCGACCUGGAAUGUGGGCCAACGAGCCAUUACUAGAAUGCAUUAUCCGAACUCCCUUCUUCAAAGACCCCGACAAGGGCCCCCCCCUUCCGUGGGGAUACGUGUUUUGGGAUCUGAACAUGCUUGAAAACGCAGGGUUUAAGAACAUCAACAUGGAGGACAGGAUCAACAGCGACCUUGAUGUUACAUUUCCCGAGGGCCAUUUCGACCGAGAGGCUCCCUGCCCCCUUGAAAGGUACGGGAGCAACCGGGCGACGGAACUCCUCUUUUUUGCCCAACAUGAGAAGCACCUGAUGCGUAAGCGAGGCGAAACCGGAUACUUUAACUUUGAAGCCUUUUGCGAAUCUGUCAAGGAUCGUCUUGUCAGCAAUAUGCCUGGGAUCCCGGAGGGGAUUAUGGGCGGAUUACUUGAUGUUGUGCCAGCAGAGCAUGGAUUGAACGGGUUGUUGGAGUAUAUGGCGGCUGUUCUGGCAAAUGAGACUUAG